AUACGAACCAAGGGCAGCGGAUCGGCUGCGAGGCAGAGGCACGGCAGGCCCGGCCCGAGCCCCCUCGCUGAGCGGCUCUAACAACAACAAUAAAAUUACUACAGCAGCGCAGCAGCGGGCUUUGCCCUGCGCGUCACAGAGGAACGCAAACACCGACCAGAUGGCAGCCGCCAAUGCACGCUCCUAGACCGAACAACCCCACAUCUGCCUGGAAAGAAGAGCCGGCGAUCGCACGGCCGGCCGGAACGCCGCCCCGACCGCCCGAGGGCAGCGCUGCGCCUCACAGCAGCGCCCACAGAAAUCUCCCCAUCUAGAAGGAAAACCGAAAGGAAAGCAAUGGAGAAGAAGAGGAGAAGAAAGCACAAAGAAAUGAAAUAAUUUGUAUAUGAUAGAUUUUUACCGUCUGCUUCUCUGCUCUUGUUAAAUACCCACUGAUGGUAUCAGCAGAAACCUGUCUAAUUACACAGUGCAAAAGUGUUUUUGUCCCUGCACCAAAACACGUCAAGAGAACAUGAAAGUAGAAUAUAUCAUCAGUAGUGACUGUUAGUGGAGCUGCGCAUUUAGAGGAGCUUCUGACAAUUGUUACUGCAGAUGAGACCUCUCAAUUUUUUGUCUUCUAUGUACGCUUUUAAGGCCAAAGGACGUCUUUUGCUCAUAUUUGGGAAUGAUGCAAAUGAUGCCCAUCAAGAAAGAUCUCAAAAAGCACAAGAAGUGAUAAAAUCAGACCAUUCAUUGCAAAUGGGAAAUACUGUUUCGCACUCUUCACAAAUCCAACAGUUUUUUUAUAAUCUUUUAGAAACAAGCUGUAUUCAAAGAGAACUUCUUCAUGCUACCUGGCAUAUGACACCUGUUAAAAAUAGAAAAGGUGUGAGUAUCUGAAAUAAAGUAUUACACACUAAUCAUGUCCUGAAGAUAUCUUCAUUUGGAUUAAUGAUCCGUAAUAAGACUCCAUAUCAGUUUUAAAAGGUAUGCACGAUUUGCAAAAAUCAUUCCUUAACUACAAAGGUGAAACAAUUAGUGUUUUCAAGUGUAAAGAUCACUGGAACUCUAGCAGUAAUUUGCAGGUCCUUACUCAUUAUGAUGAGAUGUUAAGAGCUUGCUAUAAAACUUCUUCAUUUGUUACAGUGCACUCAGUUGCAUUUAGAGAUCUUGUAUAUGAUGAUGAACACCCACGCAUCCUAUGGCAGAAGCAGCUACACAGCAGAGCGGGGACAAUAAAAAUACAAAUCCUUACAGAAGACUUUUCCUUUCUUUUCUUCCUCCAAAUAUACAUAUUUAUUUAUUCCCCCUGUUAUGUUGUAUGCAUCAGCAGCCUGCUAGCCAGUUAGUUAGUUUUCAGCCUACCUAUCUGAGCACACAAUAACGAUAAACAGAAGAGCUGAACUGAAGUGUAAGUCCCCACUCAUUCGUGCUAUCAUAGAUGCUGGCAGUGGCAAGAGUAGGCAGUGAGUUCAUUAACCAGGGGUUCUGCCGGGGUAGCCCUAUGCAGCACUCUUCCCUUCUCACCUUCAACUACAUUCAGGCUGAUUGAAGCAACCCCUCCAGGUCCUAGGCAACCUGGGCCAGGAACAUCCUCAUCGGGUUGGGAUCUGCCCCACCAGAUCAGGGUGUGCAAAGAACUGCUCAGCAGCCUGCUAACAGGGCUCUGUGCUAAGAAAACCUGUUUCUCUUGGGGAGUAGGGACUGGAGAGGUGAGAACAUGGCCUGUCUUCGAUGAAAACCCACUGAGAACCCAGGGGCACCUUAGUGACAAAGAGAAUUUCCUACAAAAACAGUUGCAGAGGAUAUACACAGUUAAUUUCUGCCUCUGAAAACAAAGGUGCCCUAAAUUUUAUGUCUUCCGAAAAACAGCUCCGAAAAGUGAAAAGCUGUCUGGAGAAAACACAGCAUCUGUGGCCUGACAUGGUGGUGCUGGCAUUUACUGUACAGAGGGAAUCAUAUGUAAUCAUAGAAUCAUUAAGGCUGGAAAGACCAUUAAGGUCAUCUAGUCCAACCACCAACCCAUGCAUGCAACCUCUCUAGACCAUAUCCCUCAGUGCCACAUCUGCCCUUUUCCUGAACACCUCCAGGGACAGUGACUCCACCACCUGGGAGUCACCACAUUGGGCAGCCUGUGCCAAUGCCUCACCACUCUUUCUGCAAAGAAAUUUUUCCUCAUAUCCAACCUGAACCUCCCCUGGUGUAACUUGAGGCCAUUACACCUUGUCUUAUUGCUAUUUACCCGGGAAAAGAGGCAGACUCCCACCUUGCUAUACAACCUCCCGAGCCUCCUCUUCUGCAGACUGAACAAUCCCAGUUCCCUCAGCUGCUCCCGUAAGACCUGUGCUCCGGACUCCUCACCAGCUUCACUGAUCUUCUCUGGACACCCUCCAGGGCCUCGAUGUCUUUGCUGUAGUGAGAGGCCUAAAACUGAACACAGUACUUGAGGUGUGGCCUCACCAGUGCCAAAUGAGGGGGGCAGAGGCUACCAAAAUUUUAUGCCCAGUAAAAAAAAAAAAAACAACCACCAUGUUUUAAGUCCAAGUAAUUAUCUUAAUAGCAACCUUAGAAGAUCCCCGUCGUUAGGAGCUUUCUGGCAGAGGGCGGUUGCUGUAAUAGGAUCGGGCAGCAUGUUUCCUUAUGCCAAGUCACCAAAUGCUAAAAUGAUUUGUCAUCUUUCACUGCAGGCCACUGCCUGAAGCACACAUGCCCCAGUCUCAUGUCUCACCCGCUCUGACAUCAAAGUGCCUUCCUCCUGCAACUGCCAAUGAGAAGAAAGGCAAACAAUGACAGCGGCUCAUUUGCAUUCAGAGAGAGUUUUAAUUAAAUAAGUGCUCUUGGGUAGUUUUGUGCCUUCUAAUGGGGCUGAGGCGGGGGGAAGGAUCUUUCAUCAUAAAAUGUAUUAAGUCUAUAAAUCUUGCUUAUUCUGUCCCCCUGUGACUUUUUUUUAUUUAUUUCAUAGUCACAUUAUUCCUUUCUCCAUAGAGAUUUAUGUCAACAUUUUAUGACAUCUCUUGGGCUUUCAAGUCUGUCACUUUUUACAGCUGCCUCUUAAUGCCACGAGUCAUUAAAGAGGGAGUUCAUCUCAUUCUGCAAAGGGGAAGGGGGGAAGAAGUCCCCUCCAGCCACACAAAGGCUGUUGUGAACAGGUUCACUGAGCCCGAUAGGACUUCAUAUGACAGCAACUACGCCUGUUCUGAGGAAUGGGUGAUUUCUGCAGCGUGCCCUGCAGUUCUGAUUUCCCAAUUCCGGGCAGCAGAUCAGCAAGAGAACAGCAAUGUGCCCCAAGGGGUGAUCCAGGAGCAGCCAUGGCACAUCCCCCGGUUUGUCCCAAAUUUGCCCAAGUUGUCCAGUUUUCCUGUUUAGGUGCAGUCCCUGCCAUUCCCUAACGUGUCUCCUCAGGGCUAGGUACAACGAGGCAAAUCUUUAAAGGUCACGGUGAAAAAUGCUCCUUGUCUGUCCCACUUUGGGACAGGAAGUAAAAGGAAGAGAACGGGAGGUGCCAGCCAAGCCAUGGCAAGACUCUGCAUCCAAAUGAAAGGGGUCCUUCCGACGGCAACCGGCGUUAUAAUUAUAGACUAGAAAAGAGCAAGAUCAGCAGCUGCCGCUGCCGCUGCUGCUUGCGUUUGUUCCCCGUGUAACUGACAGGACAGAGGACUUGGCAAAAACAGCCUUCCAGAAGUGGAAAGUCAUUUUAACCCCUGUGCUUGUCAGUCCUCUCUUCCCGGGACUGGGUGGAAGCAAUCUCCUGCUCCAGGUUACGGGAAGAGCACGGGACGACAGCAGCCCAAGGGGAUCUCCGUGUGGGACAUCGGAACAGGAGGAAGGGUCAGGAAGGAGGAUUUGCCUUCGUGCCUGGAUUGCCAGAUCCACACAGCAGGCUCAGCCUGCCAAGACGAUGACAGUCACUUAUUCCAGCAAAGUAGCAAAUGCCACUUUCUUUGGAUUUCACAGAUUACUCCUAAAGUGGAAAGGCAGCAUCUACAAAUUGCUGUACAGAGAAUUUAUUGUUUUUGCUACCCUUUACACAGCGAUAAGUGUAUUAUACAGGUUUUUUCUUACAGGAAGCCAAAAACGGUUCUUUGAAAAAUUAUCAAUUUACUGUGACAAAUACGCUGAACAAAUCCCAGUAACUUUUGUGCUUGGUUUCUAUGUCACGUUGGUGGUCAAUCGCUGGUGGAACCAGUUUGUGAAUUUGCCGUGGCCAGACCGACUGAUGUUCUUGAUCUCUAGCUGUGUCCAGGGAAGAGAUGAAUAUGGCCGCUUGAUCAGGAGGACUCUAAUGCGUUACGUCAAUUUAACUUCUCUGCUGAUCUUUCGCUCCGUGAGCACGGCCGUGUACAAAAGGUUUCCCACGAUGGACCACGUGGUGGGUGCAGGUUUUAUGACAAGACAUGAAAGAAAAAUAUUUGAUGACCUUAAGUCUCCCCAUCUGAAAUAUUGGGUUCCCUUUGUCUGGUUUGGCAAUUUGGCAUCGAAGGCACGAAAUGAGGGUAGAAUUCGAGACAGUGUGGAUCUGCAGACACUAAUGAAUGAAAUGAAUAAGUUCAGAUCUUGGUGUAGCCUUUUGUUUGGCUAUGACUGGGUUGGAAUUCCUCUGGUCUAUACACAGGUUGUUACUCUUGCAGUAUAUACCUUUUUCUUUGCCUGCCUGAUAGGCCGCCAGUUUUUGGAUACUGACCAAGGGUAUCAGGGACAUGACUUAGAUCUUUAUGUUCCAAUCUUCACGCUGUUACAGUUCUUCUUCUAUGCAGGAUGGCUCAAGGUCGCGGAACAACUCAUUAACCCAUUUGGAGAAGAUGAUGAUGAUUUUGAAACUAAUUGGUGCAUCGAUAGAAAUUUACAGGUCUCACUACUGGCGGUGGAUGAGAUGCACAUGAACUUACCAAGAAUGGAGAGAGAUAUUUACUGGAACGAUUCUUCUGCACGGCCACCCUACACAAAAGCAGCUGCCGAUUACUGCAUUCCUUCAUUCCUUGGCUCAACGAUUGAAAUGGGGCUGGCUGAUACUGAAUUCCUCUAUGGGGAAGAGUGGCCCUGGGAAGAGGAGAAGCAUCAUAGACAACAUUCAGUGCUGAGAAGAGUUAAGAGAUUUCUCAGCGUUCAUGAGGGCCCCUCAUCCCCCACUCACCGGCGCUACAACCGGCAGACGAGUGAGAACUCGGUGUUCUUCCCCGCAGAUGAAAAGGGACACAUCAGGCGGCUGCAGGAAAUGCAUACUAGGGGGAGACAUUCUACCUCCAGCUUCAAGAAGAAACACGAAGGAGCUGACCGAGGUAGCAGAUUUCACAGUAGCAGGGAUCUAGGACCUAUAAGUGAAACCUCCAGGAAUGAGGCACUGCUCAAUGACAGUGAUACCUCAUCUGAGACGAACAAGCCAGUUCCUGAGGUCAUCAUCUCUAAAGCUGAGGAAAAAGCACCUGAUGUGCUGAGCAAGCCAGCUCUGCAGGCAGAGAGUGCCGAAGUCACGCCAGAAGAGAAGCUCCAAAGGAGCCUAACCGAGGCAGACAUGUCUCUUAUGGACCUUUCCUUAUUCCCUCCAGAAGUGACUGCACACAUCCCAGAUACUGAGAUGCAUCAGUCACUGCCUAGCAUGAUAAGGGAGCCCAAACAGGAAGCCCACAGUAGUAACAUAGCUGGUCUCAUAACAGAUCAUGAGAGAAACCUUCAGCGAUGGAGCUUACCAAGCUUCCAUAGUCCCAGUAUGGUGCCCGGUGCUGACUCUGCACCUCCUGUAACAGAUGCUGCAACAUCUUCACAACCAAGGACUAUGGUAAGUGAUGGAAAAAGCAUUACUUCUGCUGCUGCUCCAGAGACAUUUGAAAUGCACCACCUAUUGGAUAACCUGGAUACCAAAGAAACAGCCAUAGUAGAAUUUUCUAAUGAAAAAAGUAAAAGAAAUCCUUAACAGUUCUUCUGAUUCUGGUUGAGCUUCCUGUCUUUUCUUGAAAGUGGUUCUCACAGAUGUUUGUUGGAAGGUCCAGAAAGGCAGACAUGAUGCUCAGACAAGUCCUGAGCAAGAUUCAACAGAGAAUUCAGGCACCUAAACAUGAGGCACUGCAAUAUUUCAAGCCACUUGGUCACUGGUUUCAUAUUUGUGACCCUGUGAGGAAAACCCUUAUGGAGAGGACUGAAAGCCUCAAAAAUGGAUACAAACCAGCCAGCGCACAUGGCAGUGAGAUGUGCGGGCUUGCCUACAGGAAACACUAAGGUGAAGAAGAGCAGAGGUGUCUUUUUCCACUUUACAUGCAGCUUGAAUAUUGCCAUGUAAUCUAAUGCCUUCAGAUUUAAAUGUAUAACAUCCUUGUAAGACAACCAACACUUCUGGUUUCUAGUCAAGGAGCUGGAAGAGGAGUUUUGGGCUCAAAUCCCUCCUCAGCACGCUAAAUUCUAAUACUUAGAGGAAUGCUUGUAUAAAUCAGGCACCUUACUGUGGCUUGUGGGGGCAAGAGCCUGCUAUGCUCCUACUGAAGUAUGCCACUAGAGACUGGAAAAUAAAAAUGAAAUACUUCAUAUUAUAACUCCAUUAAGAAAAAUGGAAGAGGCAAAACUUCUGAUCAGCCAGGCAUGGGAGGUAUGAGUCUUUGUCUGUACUCCUAAGAGCACAUAUAUAGCUUAUCCAGGGCCCUCUCUCAAGAAGGAGAGCAUCAGAGGUAACUGACCUGAGGUCUCCACUCAUGGGGAGCUGCAGCUGGCAGCACAGGCAUAGGAAGGAUUUUAAGCAGUUGUGGAGAAAAUCUGGUCUACCAUCUAGCUCUGUCAGAACAGACCAGGAGCUGAGGAACUGUUCUUCCCUCUGGAAGGAGAUUUAAGCCAGAAACUGGAAAUAACUCUGCUUUUAAUAUAAAAAUCCCACAGAUACACACUUAGAGUCCAGUCCCACCACGCCUCCUCAGUAUCUUCCUUCACACAACUUUCACCAGGGAGUGGGAGCAGCCUGGCCAGCAGGUCAAGGGAGGUGAUCUUGCCUGUCUGCUCUGCACUGGUGAGACCUCAUCUGGGGUACUGUGUCCAGAUGUGGAGUUCUCAGUACAGGAGAGAUGCAGACCUGUUCGAGCGUGUCCAGAGGAGGGCCACAAAAAUGAUCCAAGGGAUGGAACACCUUUCCUACAAGGACAGGCUGUGAGAGCUGGAGCUGUUCAGUCUGGAGAAGAGAAGGUUCCGGAAGACCUGAGAGCGGCCUUACAGUAUCUAAAGGGAGGUAUAAGAAGAAAGAGGACAGAUUCUUCAGCAGGGUCUGUUGUGAGGGGAAGUGGUUUCAAACUAACAGACAUUUAAGGGUCCCUUUCAACUCAAACAAUUUUAUGAUUCUACGUUCAUCCCCAAAGCUCAGACACCAGCUGAUCUGUCUCAGCAUAGCUCAGCCUGCAGAAGCCUUCCCAGAUUCUCACUGUCCAGCUCUGUUCAUCUUCCAUCAUUUUCUUCUCAGCAUGGCCACUGCUGAGAGCACAAACUGAUGCUAUCCACCAGACUUCUGUGUAUCUCGUGAGCAAUGACUUUGCUGCCACUUCCACUCACUCUGCCUGCACUCCUGCCCCAGUGAGAGUGCUCCUUCAGUGGUGGGCAAGGGGGGCCAUACAGUAGCCACUGGGUAGUUAAGCUUCAGUUAGGUCCCACAGAGGUAUCUAUUACAUACUGAAAGAUGUUAGGUUAGGGUUGACAAUUCUGAAGUUCCACGGUCCAUUCUGCAGUAAACAAACAGUAUUUCACACGUAGCAGGCCAGCUCCAAGUUAGUUAUAAUAUUCCAUUCAUUAGCUCACAAAGAAACUAGUGCUGGGAUGAAUUAUCAGAAAAACUUCCUCGCAUUUAGUCUAUCUCACUGUUGCAAACGUCUUCAGACUCUGACUUAUAUUAAAUUUUCUUUUGGGAUGAUGUGCUCCCUUCAGCACUUCUUCUGGUAAGCUAUUUGCCUUAGCAUAGUAAACGGACAAUUUCAGCAACCCCAACAAUUCACAAUUCAUGUUCACUGGCAUAGAGAAUGUAGAAUUAUUGCAUGAAUAAAGGCAUUUUGAGAAACACA